AUGGCACCAUCCCUACAUCCCCUCAUCGACAACGGCCUCGUUAAGGGCAAAGACAAGUUCCCCGGCGGCACUCUGCGCUGCCACUGCCGUUCCGAUCCCGUUGAGGUCGAGCUGAAGGGUAACGUCCUACACAAUCACGUCUGCGGCUGUUCCCAGUGCUGGAAGCCUGAGGGCGCACUCUUCUCCGUCGUGGCAGUCAUCCCAAAGGAGAAUGUCCGUGUCACCAAGAACGGACACAAACUCGCCGUGCUGGACAAGGACGCGACAAUUUUGCGCACGGCUUGCCGCGAUUGUGGUGUUCAUAUGUUCGGGCCGGUCGAAAAAGACCAUGCGUUCAAAGGAUUGAGUUUCGUCCACGUCGAUUUGAGCGAUGAGAAGGGCUGGCAGGAGCCACAGUUUGCGGCGUUUGUGUCGAGCUUAAUUGAGCAGGGCUAUCCGCCGGAGAAGAUGGAUGAGGUGCGGAAGCGAUUGCGCGAGCUCGGAUUGGAGCCAUAUGAUGUGUUGAGUCCACCGUUGAUGGACGCGUUGGCAACUUUUGCGGCAGAAAAGGCGGGUAAGAGGAGCAAGCUAUGA